GCAGAAUCAGCAGCAGCAGCAGGAGGAGGAGGAGGGAGAGGGCGACACUUAGAACCAAAUAGAGUUGCAAGAUUGAACUUUCUUGUUUAGUUUCCCCAGCGCUGCAGCCUAUGUGAGGCACAUUGAUCCCAGCCAGGCCAUUCAUUUUCCUUAUUCAUCCGCUGCACAACAUGUGGCUGAGGGAGCGAGGUUCUUGGUCUCUCCUGACCUUUAUCCUGUGGAUUACCUUGUGGUGGGGGAGCCGAUGCGCUUCUGCUUCUGCUGUCGCUGCGUCUUCCCGCAAACAGGACGAGUCGCUCUCCGCGCUGAGUAUCUACAGAGCCAGAUGCACGUCCAGGUGUCUGAGUCUGCACAUCACGCGCAUCUCUGCCUACUUCAAGCACUUCCAGAAUAAUGGCUCCUUGAUUUGGUGUCAGAAUCACAAGCAAUGUUCAAAGUGUUUAGAACCCUGCAAAGAAACAUGGGAUUUGAGAAAGAAUAACUGCCAUAAUCUCUGCGAGCCGCUUUUCCCCAAGAAGCACUAUGAAUGCUUAACCAGCUGCGAGUUCCUGAAAUCGGUUCUGUCCGUAAAGCAGGGAGAUUGCCCAGCCCCAGAGAAAGCCAGUGGCUUUGCGGCCGCUUGUGUUGAAAGCUGUGACGCUGAUAACGAGUGCUCGGGGGUGAAGAAGUGUUGCUCCAAUGGAUGUGGCCAUACAUGCCAAGUUCCGAAAAAUUUGUACAAAGGUGUCCCUUUAAAGCCAAGGAAAGAGCUUGCCUUUGAUGAACUACAGCCUGGACACCUGGACAUUAAAUGGUCUUCUAAAUUCAAUAUUUCCGUUGAGCCAGUGAUCUAUGUCGUACAAAGGAGAUGGAACUAUGGCAUCCACCCAAGUGAGGAUGAUGCAACCAACUGGCAAACGAUGGCACAGAUAACAGAUGAAAAAAUACAGCUUGCUGACGUCAGACCAAGCAGGUGGUACCAGUUCCGAGUGGCCGCUGUCAAUGUCCAUGGAACACGGGGUUUUACUGCACCAAGUAAACAUUUCCGUUCAUCCAAAGAUCCUUCACCCCCACCAGCACCAACAAAUCUCAGGAUCUCCAAUUUAACUACAAACAAUGAGGGCACUGUGUCCGUUAGGAUCGCCUGGGAUCUCCCAGAGGAGCCCGAUAUCCCCGUGCACCAUUAUAAAGUCUUCUGGAGUUGGACAGCUAACAGCAAAUCUGUCGUCCCGGCUAAAAAGAAGAGAAGAAAGACAACAGAAGGGUCUCAGAACUCAGUGGCUUUGGAAGGUCUGCAAGCAAACAGCAACUAUAUGGUUGAACUGCAAGCCAUCACAUAUUGGGGACAAGUGCGUCUAAAAAGUGGCAAGGUCUCACUCUACUUUUCCACCAGCCCCCCAAGCACAAGCCAGGAUCAAGUAUCAAAAAUAAGCAAAAUCAAGACAGACAUUUUAGCUCCUCCCCAAAGGAAACGCACUGCUCGCAUGUUGGAAAUUGGUGCUCCAUUCUACCAAGACAAUCAGCUGCAGGUCAAAGUCUACUGGAAAAAGACAGAAGAUUCAAUGUUAGGACUGUACCAUGUCCAGUGGUUUCCUGAAUCAUGUACACAUAAUGAGACCAAAGGACCAGAAAAAGCCGUAACCCAAGAUCAUCAUAUAGUGCUACCAGCCCUGUUGUUUUCCUGCAAAUACAAAGUAACUGUACAUCCAGCAAGACCCAAAGAUCAUUUAAAGGCCGAAAGUAUUUUCUUUACAACACCUCCCUGUUCAACACUUAAAGGAAAAACCCACAAACAAAUCAACUGCCCAUCUGAUACAGCUCCAGCUGUCUCCAAAGUACUUGCAAAACCUGAAAACCUCUCGGCAACUUUCAAUGUACAAGAGAGUAAUAUUACUGGCUACUUUUCUUGGCAACUCUCCAAAGUCAAUCUUCAUCAGCCUAUGACAGGCUUUCAAGUCACAUGGGCAGAAGUAACAACAGAGAGCCGACAGAACAGUUUGCCAAACAGCAUUAUUUCUCAGUCCCAGAUAUUGCCAGCUGAUCAUUAUAUGCUGACAGUUCACAAUCUUAGACCAUCAAUGCUUUAUAAAUUGGAAGUUCAGGUACUGACAACAGGAGGAGAAGGUCCAGCAACAAUAAAAUCUUUCCGAACACCAGAUGUCCUACCCCCAUUACCUCACCGGCCUCAUCUUAAACAGCACCGCCCUCAUCACUACAAACCAUCUCCAGAGAAGUACUGAACUCAUACUGACGUACACUCAUCCUAAAAAGAAAUCAUGCAUGAAAAAGAAUACAGGAAACGAUGGAAGUGAUUUGUGAGAAGCAUCUUCUUGGCAGAUCAUAGGUUGAUGGCUGAAUAAAUGUGUCCUCAAUGUGUAGUACCUCAUUUCAACAUACUAAGGGUCUCUUUCAGCUACUCGUGUUUCCCUUUGUUCCUGUGUUUGAAUAAGACUUUCACAGUGCGAUCUUAUUUCACAACGAAUAAUGUUAGAAGUUUAUCCGUUUGUGAAUGCCACAUAUUGUAUAUAUGACGUUAAUGUUUCAAAAAAAAAUUUUUUCAGGAACUUGAGGAAAAUGAAAAUGAAAGCAAUAAUUUAGCUGAAUAUCAUAGACAAUGCUUUUUUAAAGGACAGAGACUUAAGUAUUAGCAUUUGUGCUUUCCAAGAUGGCCUAAAUAUUCAGGGGUGACAGUUAUAUUCUUUGAUCUUAUGCUACACAGUCCAGUAUAAUGAGAUCACUACAUGCCACAAUAUUGGUGUUUGGGGAUAUACUACUGUCACUACUACUGUACUACUACUAGCAAUCCUAGUUUGUUUUGGUAAGACAUAUUAAUGGCAUUUCUCAUCUUUGACAAAUUGGUAAUAUUUUUACCUCUUAUAUCCCCAUCUUUCUUAUGAAGACAUCAAAGUCAAUGUUAGUGAACAUAUAAUUACUGCAGUAUUAACUGGCCACAUGCAGAAAUCUCAAGACCCAAUAAUCUUGACUGAUUUGAUCUUAAAAGUCGUACAACUAAAAGGCUUGAUUGAUAUCCAUUGAAAGCUUCCAACAAUUCUGCAAUUGUCCUUGUUACAUAUGCAGCGUAUACAUUGCAUAGUAUAAACAAUACAUAAAAUCUAUAUUAUGUGCCAAGAGAAAAAAUGUAAACACUACAACCAAUUUUUAUAGUCAUUUACACAUUUAGGAGCCUAUUUAUUAAACCUGGUUGAGGUUUUAAAAGGGAAAAAC